AUGCUUGAUAGCCCUACUACAUCCAAAAAAUCAGGAGAUAUAUGGAAGAAUGAUACGAAUUUAGAAAGUUUCAUUACCUGCGGCUAUUCUUUGAACCUUAAAACAGACUUUUCUAACUGCAGAUUGAGGGAAUUUUCCACCUCUCUUGAAGCCCUUAAGUUUACUGAAAGUCUUAAUUUAUCGAGGAAUCAAAUUACCAAUCUUCCUAGUCGAGUGAAAGAAUAUAGGUUGCUCACAAGUUUGAACCUAAGCUUCAACAAAAUAUUUUCACUUCCAAGUUGCAUAUGUGAGCUCUCAAGCCUUCGGACUUUAUUGAUUUCUAACAACUUUCUGUCAUCUUUGCCGUCGGAUGUUUGCAAACUCAAUUACCUUCAAGAAAUAGAUCUUUCAUUUAACAGAAUUACAGAUUUUCCUGCUUCUCUGUCUUCGCUGUCAAGUUUGAAGGUUUUAAUCCUCUGCAAUAACUUGAUAACUGAUCUACCAGAAGAAAUAAGUGAUUUCCGUCAUUUGAAGAUUUUAGAUCUCCGUUCAAAUAAAUUAAAACGUUUACCAUUAAAUCUGAGACUUAUGUGGUGCUUAGAAAGAUUAUCUUUGGAAGAGAACCCUCUUUCUUCCCCUCCAAUCACGAUUGUCGCCCGUGGUAUUCCUUACAUUUUUGCCUUUUUAAGUCAACAAGCUCAAUGGAAUUCGGAUAAUAUUACUUCUGAAAAAUAUCACGAUUCUUUAAAUGACUCAUCUACGCCUAAAACAAAUACCAUAAAGCCGUCAAUCACAGAAAAGGUGACAUCACGUCCAUUCAGUAAUCAGAAUGUUCAGAAAUACGAAAGUGUUGUUGACUGUACUCAGAAAUCUUUGGCAGAACAUGAGAUUACCAGCCGUCCGCCAACCCCUUCUACAACACGAGAGUUCACUUACACUUCAACAAAUAUUGUCAAGGCAGAACAGCUGAAGAAUAAAGGCAACAAUAUGUGUUCAAAUGAUUGUGUCACUGUUGAAGAGUCUCCUGUGCAAACUAAAAAUCGCAAUAAAUCUUUAUCAUCUUAUAGAAAUGAAAAAUCAAAAUCGGUUUCUUCAAUUAGUUCUUUGUCAACAGACGAAGAACCAUUAACAAUGAACUUGUAUUAUUCUGCGGAUGAGAAUAUGGUCUUUGAAAAGAAAAAAAGUACCAAUGAGAGUUUAAAAUUACAUACUCCGCAGCAAGUAGAAAAAACUAUCAAGGAACUUAUUAUUGAAAAUCCACCUUCUGCUUGUAAUGUAAACACAGCAACGCCUAUAUUGUCAAUAAUUUCCAAUGAAAACGAUGCAGUAUCAUCAAAAUCUUCUAUUGUAGAAAGAGUGAAUAGUUACGUUAACGAGAAUGAAAGUUCAUCUUCGAGUGCAGAAGAAAUAAUUAGUGAUCAUACUAAAGAUUCUACAACAAAGCACAUGAGUGGUAAAUACGAUAGACGUGUUAAAGCAGGACGUCUUACUAGUUCUUCUCGUUUCCGUUCGUCUAAACGUCAACAGAUGGUGCCAGACGAAUUCCUUAAUUCAGAUGCCUCUCGUAUAUCACAUAGUUCACAGUACUCAGGAAAAUAUAGCAUACCACAUCGAAGUCCCAGCCGAUGUCCUAAUGUUCCCUCAAAUACUAAUCAAAUGUAUUAUUAUAAAGACUCCUGCCAUUCACAUAAAACUGCCGCAGAUAAGAAUAACUGCUAUGAUAUAGCUCGUGUUGGUGUUGCUAUGUAUAUUCCUACUGAGCCUAUUAUCAAAUCCCCUCCUCCUAAUUACUCAAGUAAUGGUCUUCAAAAAAUCAACAAAUGUCAUUUAAAUUCAAAUAUAUCAUCUGCUGCAGUUUUUGUUAGCAAAAAUAAUGAUACAAAAACUGAAAACAAGCGGAUGAACAGUCCAGGACGUCUGGAAUUGAAUAAAUUUGAUCAUAUUAUCAAGUGGGAGGAAUUAUACCCUGAAGAGUUGAAUAAAAUUCAUCAGCUUAGACGUAUAAUUGAUAAAGAAUUGAAUAUUCGGUUGCCUGUUAAUCCAAAACACUUAGCCAUUGAAUUAAGUACUGGUGUUAUUCUAAUCCACUUCGUAAAUAAAUUUAUUGGAGCAGCAUCAAAAAUUAAAGUAUGUUCACCUAGAAAUGAUCAGACGAAUAUGCUGAGUGAAGUGAUGAAAUCCUACCGGCGGAAUAUUAGACGCUGUCGUGAAUGGCUUCAUCUCUAUGGUGUGCCUAGGGAAUAUUUAUUUUCAACCGAAUCAAUUGUGAAUCCAAACAGCGCUAAUGGCUUAUUAUCUUUAGCUAAUUGUAUUUUCAUCACAUACAACUUACGUGAGUCCAAGUUUUCAAAUCAUUUAUCAACACAGAAUAACACUCCUGUAAGUUGUCAAUACAACAACACAGAUUCUUUGCAAUCAAAUUCAAAAGUACAAUCAACAUCCUCAACAAAUAAUGAUACAAAGAUGAAUAAUCAUAAAGUUUACGAAAUCAGUAACUGGCCGCAUCAUUUAUGCUCAGAUGUGUAA